GCAAAUGGAGUACGACUAUAAAAAGGCCUGAGAGACUAUUUCGAUAGUGCGAAAUCAACAUGAGAAUCGCUUUGAUUUGUGUGACUUUUUUGGCUUUGACUGCUCAGUCAGUCCUAUCGAAUGUCCUGACUCGAAUUGAGGAUGGCUCCGUGCGAUUGAUUCCCUUGGGACAAAACCAAUGCGGUCAGGGAUCUUCAGUUAGCAAAAUACUAGAUGUUCUCGGUCGUUGGCAAUUUGGAACAUGUGGCGGAUCUUUCCCGGGUCUACCUGGACGACCAAUAGGUAUAAGUCCUUUUCCACGGAUCCCGCGUCCCCCCGGAUCCAGAGUUAUAGUUCUACCUCCAAACCGGCUACCUAGUCUACCAAUCAUACGUCCACCUUGUUACCCACCUUGUUGUCAACCUUGUGACCCUAUUUGGCCACAACAAAGUUGUGUGUCAGUCUCUCUAGAAUGUCGGCUAAGGGUGCAUCGCUACCCCUAUUACCCUACCUGGCCCUACCCACCGCCCGGAAUUGGUGGACUGCCCGGAAUAGGUGGACUGCCCGGAAUUGGUGGACUGCCCGGAACCAGUAUACUGCCCGCUACUCUGCCCGGACAAGGACUAUUUGGAAUUCCCGGAAUAGAUGGACUGUCCCAAGGUGGACAAGGCCUUCAAGACCCUUUCUUUGGCUACAAUGAUCCAAUUGCACCAGAGGACGAAUCCGAAGCUCUGCUGAAUAAAAAUGAUGACGUCAAUGCUAAUGAUCCAGCCGAUUACAACUCCAACCAUGAUACCCCUGAACAACCCGGCUACUCGACUCUUCAGGAUGCGCCUCAUGGUCAAGUCUAAGACACUUUCUUGCUUUUAAAUAUUUUUUGUCAAUCAGCAAAUACACAUGUAAAGUGUAAAUAACAAUUUAAUUUGUUUUUGAACAUUAAAAGGAUAUCUGAAUAUAGAAUUUCAA